UACUCGGCAAAGGCAACGAAUCGAAAACGAAACRCCUCGAUGUAGUUGUGCUAAUAAAUAACAACAAUARUAAUAAUAAAAUAUAUAAAUCGAGCUAAAAAAGAAAACCAAAAACAAAUACAGUGAAGAAAUAACGAUUAAACACUAGUAGUAACAACGCCUAAAAAUAUACAAAAAAAAUAUUUGUGUACCCUUAAAAUCGUGAAACGUAGCAUAACACGCGAUAUUGUAAACAACAUUAAUAUAAACAAUACCAAAUAACGUAGUUCUGUCGCAAAACUAGGAAGAAUGUGUGCGGACCAAAGCCUUGAUUUCAAGGAGAAUUGAACAGCUUCGAUAAAACGGCGUUAAACGCAUAUCUCGAAUGUGAAAAGAUAAUGUGGAAGCAUGUCUUCCCACUCCGUUGUAUCACUCUCAUCUUUUAAUAUAUUAUUUUUUACACAGGUUCUAACGGUUUUAACAUCGUCAAUAAAAUACCACGAGUACGUGACGGAUAAAGGCAAAAAUAUUUCCAUUCCCUGCACAGCGGAGGGCAACGUWAUGUGGGUUAAGGAAGGCGGCAACAAUAGCACCAUAAUACAGACAGGUAAAUUUUUAGUGCUAACCAAUGUAUCGACAGACGAACGUGGUCUAUACGUUUGCUUUGCUGCGGUUCCUCCACGUCAAUCUUCCGCCCCCAUUACCGGCUCCAAUGCACAAGCAACAAAUGAACAGAGAAAAUCAAUAACAGCAUCAUUGCCUACAUCUGCCUCGCCAUCGACGGCGUCAUCGUUGAUAUUGACGUCAACGUCAUCAUCAUCAACCUUAUCAUCAUUAGAAGAUAUAAACGUAUCAACAAUGGUGCACAUAAGUGCAACAAAUGCUUCAACUACCUCAUCGCUUCCAACGCCAGUGCCCACAAUAGCCGUAGCCACCGCCACAAAUGCAAAUGAAAACAAAGUGAAUAUAUCGACGGCGCAGCAAGUUUCAAAAGCUGACAAAAGUACCACCUUAAACAAUGGUGGACAGACAAUGGAAGCGCCUAUACCGGACGCAGAACGGAAGACAGAAGCAAAUAAUGGUGAUAAGAGCGAAGAAGAMACCGAGGCGGAAGAAUACCAAGCUGUCGAAAAGGUCAACUUGGCCGUGCGCACACCGCCAGGGCCUGUUACACAACUUUACUUCAAAGCAUCCACUAUUCUAGGGUUUCUAAUCUGGCGUUUUAACAAAACCAAUUCCGGUGGUUAUCCAGUGCGCAGCUUUACUGCCGAAUUUCGCAAUGUUUCGUAUAAUGAGACACCCUACAACCAAUCGUUCGAACACGAAUGGAGUCGUAUGGACCCAAUUAAUAUUGCGCCGAAUGUUCGGCAAAUGGAGGUAUAUCGCCUGGAGCCCAACACUACGUAUGAAUUUCGGAUAUGGGCCAACAACCAGUUAGGCAGUGGCGAGGUUGUUACCACCAAUGUAACAACGCUUCCUGAAACCAAAGAGGAAGAUUUAAUACGCCUUAUACAACCCGACUUAGAUAAUUUCGAUCCGCGCAUUUGGAUAAUCGCCGUCAGUGUUGUACUUGGAACUCUUGUGAUAUUAGCAAUUGGACUAUGUAUAGUUUUAUCGAAAGAAUGUUAUCAAUCAUCGCAAACGGAUUUCGAGAACGGUUGGGAAAGCAUAGAGCUUAUACCGAAUAUAAUACUGAAUCCAGGUUUCUGUGAGUCGGAUGGAUCCGAGCCAGUGCAACCGUACACACGAACUAUCAUCUUUGGUGAAGACGACGAGAGUGAUGGCUACGAGAGUGAAGAAUCGGAUCACGAGCCACCCAUGGAAAAAUUCAAGCGAAAAGUGUCGGUUUUCUUCACCGGCCCCACAAUAAGACGCAUUUGAGUUAAAUCGGAUGACGCCUCUAACGGAUGCGGCGAAGGAAAUAGCAUUUGUACACUUAUUAUUAUUUACAUUUGGUUUUGCUCAMAUUUUGGGACGUUUGUGAUUUAUACUACUAAGAGCUUGCACCCUUGUACAGGUUAUUUUUAUUCACCAUAUAGAUUUUAAAUUGUUAAUAUCCAUAUUUUCGAAUAUAGAAAAUCAUAAUUCUUCUCAGCAGUAUUGAGAUAAAAUUUUUAUGAUGAGAUUGCAGUACCGUUGCUUCAAUGCUAGCUUAAGAUUGUAAGCAAUUAUUUGUUAACACUAAUAAGAGAAAAAUAAUUGUACUACUUGUAAAAAUAGUUACAAAAAUGAAAGAAAUUUUCGCAUAAAAAAGAAUGUAGGUACUUAUAUUUAAGAAAAUAUAAGCGAGCUUUUGUUACGAAUCAAAUUUUAUAAAUUAACGCCUAAGCAAAUUGUUAUUGAAUAUACACACAUAUGUACAUACAAGCAAACACAAAGUUAGACACUUAGAAAAUUAUUAAAACGCAUAUUGAAAAAARCUUACUCGAAUACAUACAUACAGACUCACGACACAUCUUAGUUCGUGAAACGCGACCCACUUAUUAAAGUUAAUUUCCACCCUUUUCGGUUUUAAUCCCCAACAGAGUGAAUUUCAGCACGAGAACGAGCACGACCGAGCCAAUGUUUUAUUGUGCUUUAUAUAGAGAACAACGCAGUCUAGCCUGUCGUAAUACUGUAUCGUACUUAAUGAGCCACUUAUCUUCUACUUUGAUUUUUAACUUUCAUCGGAUAUACUCAGUCUAUUAGAUCUCCAGGCGAAAUUAAUGAGUUUCUGUUCCAAAUUAAAUCCGUUUUUAGUUACACACACACAUAUGCCUAAGCAAACACGACURGAAAAAGAAGCUGCUUAGAACUUAGGAAAUUACUACCAAAUAAUGGAUGAAAUGAUAUGCAUAAAUAAUUGUUGCUGUGAUAAAAUUUCAAUUGGAAAACUCUAUGUAUUAAUAAAUUUAAUAUAUUACAAAAUUAUUAACUAAAGCAAGCGCUCAAAUUUGAAUGAAGAUUGAAUAAAUUUUACAUUUUUGUGGGGCCCAAGACGUUGUUUUUUAAACACUAAAAUGGUAGUGAUACAUAAACUCAUUGAGUAUAAAUACAAUUGUAUCAUUUGUUUGUUAUUUUUUGGUAUAACUGCGCGGUUCUUCGAUCUUCUUGAUUUUAUCCAGAAUUUCCCUCACCUUGUCGAAAGCAUUAUAUGGUACGAGUUAGGUUUGGUGUCCUUAAAUCGACAAAGUGGUGAUAAAUUGCGAUACGAAUCCAGUGGAAUGAGWGAGGUGUUAGCGGAAUUAUUUGUUUUUCCCUUCAUGGUACAUUCCGUUUCUUUAUUUCAUGACAAUCAGAUAAUUAUAGCGAUUAGAAACAAUUGCCAAAUCGGCUAAAUGUAUUUGGUAAUUGUCCGAUGUAAAGAACAGUCUAAAAGUUAUAUUAUAGUAAUUAAAUACAUUGAAUAAAUCUUGGUCUUACUUACUUAUUGUCCAAAUCAAAUGCCUGUCUGAAAUUGUAGUAAAARUAUCCAACCAUUCGACACUAAAAUUAGAUAUGAUGGAAGGCAGAAUGGUUGAAGCGUAGAUUUCUUUAUCUUGGGUAGUAGAAAAAUUAUUUUCGUACUUCUAAUACAAUUUUAACAUAUGUUUUUAUGUUUAUAAUAAUAAAUAAACAGACAAAUAUGUACCAUUUUGCUCGGCCACUUUUUCCCAUUUUUCCGUUAGAGUCAUUAUUCGAUCAGUGUGAAUCUAAAUUUCGAAAUUUCUAGAACGGAAAGGAGCGAACCAUUGUUGUUCUACACGAAUUGAUAAUUUUUUUCAACUU